AAGAGCAGCCCUGCUAUCUGCGUUUCCUCCAAUCACGGCGACGAUAAACGAGCAGCAGGAAUGGCCGCACACAACCGACUUCUUACCCAGUUGCAUUCAACAGAACUCGUAAACGGCCGCAGCACUUUCUAAAGACUCUCCAGUAACGAAUUCCUGUUCACGAGCCUCUCUCGCCCGCUUACCUGUAAUUGAACAAGUUUCACACACAUUACAUUGGCUUUUCUUAACAAACUGCUGCUUUUGAUCCUCUCUAAUUCUUUUUUUUUGGGCUUUUUCGACUGAUAUUUGUUGUUUUGUUCAUUUCUGCAAUUUCUUCUGGUGUCGGUGAACGGUGUUGGAGUUGAAUUGACAUAGAAUUAGUUGUAGUUGUCUUUUCUGUUGUGUUUAGAAGGAUUCGUCUUUUUGGGGCUUGUCAAUUCGUCUUUUUUUUUGUGCAAUUGAACAUAUUCGUUGACUUUUCUGCCGUCGUUGUCCCUUCAAGAUGGCCUCCUUCACGUCUUCUCCUACUUUCCAGGCAAACGAAACAGCGUCUAACGAAACGUUGACUACUGCUACUCUUGCCGGCCAGCCCAAUGCUUCCCUUGCACAUCCUCCUAAUUACAUGACCUUCAAUAACCGUGGCUCCACUUGGAAGCGUGCAGACGUGGUCCAGUCGAAGCCACGGUUUCUGAGACGAUUAAAGUAUUAUGUGCGUGUCCUGGACUGGUUGCCCAAUUACUCGAUGAAGAACUUUUUGUACGACACGACUGCUGGCUGCGCGACUGCCUGUCUGAGCAUACCUAUUGCUCUUUCUUACGCACAGAGCUUUCUUAAUAUCCCUCCCAUAUACGGCUUGAUGGCCGCCAUACUUCCUCCCAUUGUCUACACGUUUUUCAGCGCCAGUCCCGUCUUGAGUGUCGGACCAGAGGCCGGUGUGUGUCUGUUAAUUGGCGAAAACAUUCAUCAACGUAUGUUGAGUGGAAAGCAUCCGCCCGAGUACGCCAUCCUCAUCACCGGUUUGAUUACAGGACUCAUCGGUUGCGUCACCCUGUGCGCAGGCAUCUUUCGCCUCGGCUUUCUUGACUCGCUCGUUUCACCCAUCUUGUUGCUGGGUUGCAUCCUCUCCGUCUCUACGGUCAUUCUCAUUAACCAGGGCGUGGCCAUCUUGGGUCUGUCGGUGAAACCCGACGAGGUCUCAGACAUCCCGAUAAACAAACUGAUGUAUUUGCUGCGGAACCUCAAGAAUGCUCACCCGGGAACCCUUGUCAUUUCUAUUUCUGCUCUUCUGUUCCUGACAACGUCUCGCUUAACGAAAAAAAGAUUUGGAAGAAAGCAUCCAGUAUUGGGCCUGUUUCCAGACGCAGUUUUGCUGCUUAUUACCGUCUCCUUCCUCAGCAAACACUUCCACUGGCAUAAAAACUACGGUGUCCCCAUUCUGGGUCAAGUGGGCGAAGAAAUCGUCAAGCCGUCGCUUCCCCUUCCUGACGAUCGCAAGCUAGACUUUGUAAAGCAUUCCAUUUCCACGGCCGUCACAUGUUCUUUUCUUGCUUUCGUGGAUACAGUGAUUGCCGCUAAGGCGAUUUCUCUUCAGACACAUGAUCUGGUUCGUUCAAAUCGCGAGUUGGUCGCCCUUGGCUGCGCAAACAUUGUCAACAGCAUGUUUCGCGGCUUGCCAGUUGUGGGCGGCUACCUCCGCUCGAAGAACAACAUCUUUUCUGGUGCGCGGACUCAGGUUUCCUCGGUAAUGUGCUCGCUGUUUGUAUUAAUGGCUCUCCUGUUUUUCAUGAGCGUCUUCUACUAUGUCCCGAAAUGUGUAAUGGCUUCAAUGGUUGUCAACGUUGGUAUUUCCAUGUUCUUUGAUGCGUUUAGUGGUGUCUUCUCCUUGUUGAGAUGUCGUGCAUACAGAGACAUUACGAUUGUCGUUUCCAUUGGUCUGCUUACCCUCCUGUUUGGACUUGAGACAGGCAUUGUCUUGGGUAUCGUGGUCACCACGUUUCAAGUUGUUAAACAUGCCACUGCUUCUCGGAUUCUAUUUCUGUCUGGCGAUGAAGAGGAAGGUGACCAAUGCUUCGAUUACAGUGGCAACGGACCGGAUGUUGUCGAUGACGACGUGUCAGCUUUAGAAGCGGCACCGUCGAUUUCGGCCAAUUCACAAGCACAGAAGCUUCCGCAAACGCUUAUUGUCCGCAUACCCGAGCCACUUUUCUUUGCAAACACCAGUCAACUGGAGGAGCGGUUAAACCGUUUGGAGAAAUUUGGUCAUCCCAGGGUACAUCCUUCGGAGCGACCUUGGCGCAGAGAGCGGCAAUUAGAGGCAAUCGUUUUCGACCUAGUUGGUGUUUCCUACAUUGACUCGAGCGCACUCAUCUCUCUUCAUCGAAUCUUUGAGUCGUAUAUUGAACGAGACUGUAAAGUUUUACUGACGUCUGUGGACCCCAAGGUACUCAACCAGUUUGAACAGCAGGGCAUUAUAGCCCUUAUUGGAGGCUAUUCGUCUGUCUACCGGAGCGUCAAAGAUUUUAUUUCGAUGACUGAACAUUCCAAUUUCGUAUGAUGUCCCGGGGUAUUCCGUAUUUGCUCCAAUUUCCUUGUUCCACAUCUCCUCGUUUCGCUUUCUCCCUCGCUCCUUUCAUUCCAAACACUCUCUACAUUGAUAUAUACAUAUUUAGAAAUUUGCCUAGACAAGACAAGCUAGGUAUUUACUUAGCAUGCAGACAUUCUUGCUUCUUCAUUUACUCAUCUAACUAAUACUUAUUUACUUAUGAAUCACAUCGUCAAGCUUUGUAACAGACACAA